AUGUAUAGAAUUUUAUCCAAAAAUAAAAGAACAAAUUGAAAAAUACGAGAAAAUGGAAAAUAAACUAUUAGGCCUAUAUUAUAUUGUACUAUUCAAGAUAAUCAAGCCAUAAUUAAAUGUUAAAAAGAAACAGAAAUUGGAAUUCUACAAUAUCAAUUAUCAUUUUUUUUCUUUUUAACAUUUAUAUGACCUGAUUAUCCUGAGUAGUAGAAUAUAAUAAUAGUUUAUUUGCCAUUCUCCCUUUUAAUUUUUAUUACGGUUGAAAUUCCUCAGAGCUGUGACUGAUAUUAAUUAAUUAAGAUUUGGAUGCUCUAACUGCUGACAUAUAUGAAAACUGUACACCAGAAAAGUACUUUAGUAGGCUAGUUGCACACCUCUUAGCCUAUGGGCUGUAAAUGUGUAACUUUUGAAUUACAUACGGUACAUUUUAAUAUAUAUUUCAACAUAUAUUUGUAAGUAUAAGUAAACACACACUUUAUGUUUGCAUUUUGCAUUUAUCUAAAAGUCAGCACACGUGGGAGUUUAACCACACUGCAUCCCAUGACUGCUGACAGUACAGUACAAUAUUUCCUCUCUAAAAGGAGGGUGGGGCGCCCUCAAACGACUCAUUACAAAAGCAACUUCACUUGCUGGCCAAAACACUGCAGCCAUCUUGCACAGCGCAUCGAGAGUGAUUAAACUCUGAAAUUUGGUUUGUUAGCUUGUUGUAAACCACGUUAUUAUUCUACCUAGAGUCACACGGUGCAAUUCUGAAACGGAAUAGUUAUCGUGAUAGCAUAAACACGCCGGCGAAGAUGUAACGUUUGAGGAAAAUAGUUCGUCUCCAGUGCUAUGUUGUUUCGUCUCAUGCAUCCCCUGGAAUGACAGCUGAAGCCAUUGGUACCGCCUUUUAGAAUGUGGAACAGCCAACCACAGCUCGCCGAAAUCCCUGCACGGAGCCGUUUAGUUGUUGUGCGCACGCGCAUGUCAGUUGGUAAAUACCUCACUUCUCACAAGCUCGCAGGAGCGUGAAGAUGGCGGUUGGCCCCGGUCUACUGGAUGAACCUUUUUUACACACAGAGGUGAAUAAAGCGGUAGUUUGUCAUCCUGUACAGUCUGUAGAGUCACAACUGUCGUUCUUGUGUCACAACAACCACUGGGGUAGGCACGAGACAGCCGGUAAUUACAUGGCUAUAGUUCCGGGACAAGGGGGUAGCGCGAGCUAACGUUAAUGUCCAGCUGGGACUUGGUCAAGACGAUUGCCGAAGCAGGUACGCUGUAACUACUAAUGUUGUUUUCCUCUUUGUCUCUCCGAGUAUACACGAAAAGCAAGCGCCGGAGCUGACAGUUAAAAACAGCACAUGUGUCAGAGACUUGCCCCAUCACAUUCAAGAUUGUUUGUGCUCCUUCUAAACAAGUUGAAGUGCAGGGGGUCUCAUCAUAACGAGGUCCCCAUGGUUCAACUAUGGAUGCGUCGACGGCAAGCACGGACUCCACCACGGGACACGAGCCUGGCAAAACACUUGUUGCCAGUGGCGGAGUAACUUCUCUCCCUAAUCACCAGGGGAAAGUAGGCUCACACUCAAUGCAGGCUUUCAAUGGGAGCCAAACUAUGAACUCUCACAAUUCAGGAAGCGCUGCCCCUCUCGGGGGUACGACAGUGACAAGUGGCACUAGUAACAGCAGCAGUACUGCGAUAACUGUCACAGCUGUCAACAGUGGACCAGUGAUGUCAAAAGGGCUAGCCAGUGCGAUAAUGCCCACCUCGUCAAACAGUGUAAUUCAGUCGCCUCUCCUGAACUCUCCGAGUGUUGUCGCUUCAGCUCAGCCUGUCAGCCCGACAACUGGACCUGCUGUGACACUCGUCAGGCCGCCUAUGCAAACAGCGGGUUUGGGUGCAACUUUGAAUGGGAACAAUAAUGCGAGCCCUGCUGUGGUUGCCAAUACAACAGGUCAGACAGGUAUCGUCAUACAAACCUCGCUUGUAAACAAUAGCCAGCCGUCCAACUCGGUGUCUGUUAGCGCAGGGUCGCACAUAAUCAAGGCAGAGCCACCCACAACAAUAAUACAGUCAGCACCGCAGCCGGCGGUCACUCCGGGCGCUCCCCGGCUUCCGGCUACGGUAGCUGCCGGUCCGUGCGGGAUCCGAGCCCUGACGCCUCAGAUGUUGGCCCCAAGGCUGCCCCAGACCUCCCCGGGACAGCCCAGUAUACAUAACAUCCAGCUCCCACCGGGGAUGGUGCUUGUACGCAGUGAGAGUGGACAGCUGCUGAUGAUUCCUCAGCAGGCUCUAGCCCAGAUGCAGGCCCAGGCACAGGGAGGCAUGACACCUCGGACUGCUACACCAACAAACGUGCCUCCUGGCCAGGCUCCUGGAAACACCAUCAUCAGCAGACAAGUGGCUCCCAGCACCAUCAUCCGUCAGGGCUGUCCGGCACCAACGUCACUUGCUGCCACCACCACCCUUCACAGACCUCCUAUCCUUCAGAGCUCAGUUGGGGCUGCAGUAGCAGGAAUGCCCCCCAGUACCGUCAGCCAAACAGCUGGGACCACAGUUACCUCAGUAACAGUGAGCAAAGAGACAAUGGAGAAUGUGAAGAAAUGUAAGAACUUCCUGUCUACAUUGAUCAAGCUGGCAUCCACUGGGAAGCAAUCAACAGAGACUGCAGCCAGUGUGAGAGAGCUGGUCAAGGACCUGCUGGAGGGCAGACUGGAAGCUGAGGAAUUCACCAGCAGAUUGUACAAAGAGCUCAACUCCUCACCCCAACCUUACCUUGUGCCUUUCCUCAAGAGAAGCCUCCCAGCCUUGAGGCAGCUCACCCCAGACUCAGCAGCCUUCAUCCAGCAGAGUCAGCUCCCCCAGCCGGCUUCAAGUCCAGUCUCCACCUCACACACUCCCACCACGGUGGUCCUGAGCAGCCCAGUCCCCCGCCUCACUGCCCCAGUCAGCAGACCCCAGCUCCAGCCAGGCAUUACCAAACCAGGACAGACCCCCUCACUGGUUCUCCAGCCUCAGCAGCAGAGAGCAAUGUUGAGACCUCAGGUAACCUUACCGACAACCCCCAUGGUGACUCUCAGGAAUCAGGCCCCUGGCCGCAUCAUGCUGGGACAGCAACAGGUCCAGCUUAAAGAGCUGCAAUCAGUUCCUGUGAGGCCGGAGGUGCCACCUGUUUCUAAACAAGUCUAUGCUGCAGCCUUGACCCCGACUCAAAAGAACAAGCUGAAAGAGGCGGGUGGCACAUUCAAAGAUGAUGACGACAUCAACGAUGUGGCCUCCAUGGCCGGAGUGAACCUAUCAGAAGAAAGCGCUAAUAUCCUAGCAACCAAUUCUGGGCUAGUAGGAGCGGUGACACGUUCCUGUAAGGAUGAGGCUUUUCUCUCCUGCGCCCUGCUACAAAGGAGAAUGCUGGAGAUUGGUAGGAGGUAUGGUGUGACAGACCUGGGUGCGGAGGUGGUGAACUAUGUCUCCCACGCUACUCAGCAGCGGCUCCAGAACCUGCUGGAAAAAGUUUCCCAAGUGGCCCAGCAGAAAAAUGUCAAUUUCAAGGAGGAUGACAAUUAUGAGCAGAGCAGUGAUGUUCGUGCUCAGCUCAAGUUCUUUGAGCAGCUGGACCAGUUAGAAAAACAACGAAAGGAGGAACAGGAGAGAGAAAUCCUCCUAAAGGCAGCUAAGUCUCGAGCUCGGCAGGAGGACCCAGAGCAGCUGCGUCUGAAACAGAAGGCAAAAGAGAUGCAGCAGCAGGAGCUGGCUCAGAUGAGACAGAGGGAGGCCAACCUGACGGCUCUGGCAGCCAUCGGCCCAAGGAAGAAGAGGAAGAUUCUGGACUCUCCAUCGUCCUCUGCUAUAGCUGAGGGAUCAGGAACAGGUCCCUCUCUGUCUGGUGGGGCUGGUUCGUCGGGCUCCAGGCUCACACGGCAACGCAUCACACGUGUCAAUCUCAGGGACCUGCUUUUCUGCUUGGAGAAUGAGAGAUUUACCAGUCGCUCCCAUUUCCUCUACAAGGGCUUUCUCAAAUAGGCUUGAUGUCAGGGAGGAGAGGAGGAGGAGAGGGGAGAGGGGGGAAAUGAAGUGCAUGGAGAGGCCAACCGCUCCCACCACAGAGAGAGCAUAAGAGACUCUUAUGAAUCAAGAAGACUUGGCACAUUUCAAGGUCUUUCAGAUAUACAUGAUAACCUGGAAUGCAGUAGAAGCCAUAUUAGAUGGCCUCUCUCCUCUAAUAAUGCCUAUUUUCUUUCAGAACAGUCAUGGACUAAUGCCCCUUUAUUUACCCUGUACAACUUCUUUUUCAAGAAAGUGCAAAAAUGGAUUACAUGUUUUGUGAGGAAGGAUUGACUUAUUGUACAAUUAUGCACUGUCACAGUAGUUUUAGAUUUUUUGUGUGUGUUAGGUUUUAAAGCAAUGGAAAACAACACAUUUGUUUUAAUAGACCACAAACUAAUUUUAUUGAAUAAUGAUUUUAUUUUUGUUUUGUAAACUGAAUUAGUUUGAACUCCAAACUGUGUAACCUACUGAGUUGCCUUCCUAACUAUGAUAAGCCAUAUAGCCAUCCCGAAGCAAUUAACCCUUCUGCAACUCAUGAAGCAGUAGCUCGCUCUGUAUCUGUCAUCUCCAUUACUUUAUUUGAUAUUUACCCCCCCACGCCCCCAGCAUAUUUAUUUACUAAACUCAAGCUUAGAUUCAUGUUUAGUUAUUUAUUUAAUUUCAUGUGGCACCUCUGUUGUUUCAUGUAGCCUAAAUUCAAAACAAAAUGUGCAUUUACUUGCAUAGGAUAUGUUUAAAAUCAGUUUAGACAUUUUUGGGGUGUGUAGUUUCAGUGCGUGAAGAGAGGUGUGUUCUUUUUUUUUUAAAAAUCUUUUAAAUUGUUGUUUUUAAAAUUAGUUUGACAUAUAUUGAUUUCUGAAACUUAAACAGAAGGCUUUUGACCUAUAUUGCUAUACCAAACAUACAUCUACCAGAAAUUGAUUUCUAUUUUUGUAGCUGCCCACAAACACACAUUUUUACUCUUUUAAUAGUGACUGAGUGUCCUCCAACUUAACAAACUGGAGUUUCUUCCUGUAUAUUUGUAAAUGUUACACCUAAAGUUUUACACGCAGUUUUGUAUAGAAUUGAGAAUUUACCCAUACCGCAUAAAGAAAAACACAUUUUCUCUAUGGAAAAGUUUGAAUAAAUAAUGAUUUUACAGUAA